AUGUCUACUGCCUCCAGAGCAAGAACACACAACGGACGGAACCAGGCGAUUCUCAAGCAGCUCUUAAAGGAGCCGGCUAACAAAUACUGCGCCGACUGCAAGGUGACCAAGAAUCCGCGCUGGGCGAGCUGGAACUUGGGCUGUUUCAUGUGUAUCCGCUGCUCAGGGAUCCACCGCAGCAUGGGCACCCACAUCUCGCGGGUCAAAUCAGUAGACUUGGAUUCGUGGACCGACGAGCAGAUCAACAAUGUGGUGCAGUGGGGGAACGCACGUGCCAACGCUUUCUGGGAGGCCAACUUACCGGGUGCGCACGUUCCGGACGACAGCAAGAUCGAAAACUUCAUCAGAACCAAGUAUGACUUGAAGAAAUGGGCCGCCGCAAAGACCGUGCCAGACCCGGCAAGCAUAAAUGUGGCGGCACAGGCGGUGCCGGCUGCUCCACCGGCUACUCCACCGCAGCGGGCCGUUUCAACUGCCCCGAGUGCAGUUCCCAAACGCCCGACCUCACAGGCUGCCGGGAAUCUUCUUGACUUGGACUUUGGCUCUGCGGACAGACCUUUACCGUCGUUACCGGCUGCCAACACUUCCUCCGCGUCCGUUUCACCAGCCUCGUCUACUGCGUCGCUUCAAUCGCCGCCACCUCAAAACUCAAGGCCAGACUUAAAGAAAUCGAUUUUGUCAUUGUACUCCACACCUACGUCGUCGCAAGUAUUCCAACAAAGACCUCAGCAACUGCAGCACGCUCUGUCUACCAGUAGCUUGGCUGGGUUAUCAUUCGGACAGCCGCCAACGCAACAGUAUCAGUCGCCGCCGCCCCAACAGUACCAGUCACCGCCGCCCCAGCAGUACCAGGACCAGUGGGCAAACUCCUCCUCUGCACCACAGGCCUCGAAUGUGCGCAUGGAUGACGAUUUGUUUAAGAACGUAUGGGGCUAG